CCCUCGCGCCGGAGUGAUGGGUUCCAAGUUGACAAGACAGAGAAGUCUCGAUUUUGACUCCAAAUUGUCCAGGAGGAGACGCCAGCGGAAUGACACGUCCGCGGACACCGAGAAGAGCGCCACUAAAAGCGGAGGGGACUUCUUGUUUACCUCGCUGAUGCUAAAGUCCGACAAGCUUCCAGGGAUGCUGCGCAAAAGCAAGAACAGCCCGUACGUGAGGAGGGUGGCGUGGAUCCGGGACAUACAGAGGCUUCUCCGGGAACAGAAGCUGGAGCAAGCCGCAGAAGUGCUCAAGCUGCUUAGAAAGGACUUGGGACUCCAGGGAACGUCACUCAAUGAUAUUUUGUACAAGAAUGCGGCUUUCCUCAACCUGGUGGACCCCAUCUCCCAUGAACUACUGCUCAGUCUGGCCAGGGAUUUGCAGUGUCCCAAAAGGGAGACAGAUUCUUUCAAGUCCACCAAUAAGAUCUGCCGACAGCUGAUCUACCACCUGACGCCUCACUCCAAGUGGAGCAGACAGAGCGUGCCCAGGAGGAAGUCUCAGGCCUGUUUGAAGACUACUCUGAAGAAGAAGCUUUCAGGGGAUGUGGUUAACCUCUCGGGCAUCCCCCUGUCAGGUCGGGACAUCCAGAAGGUGGCGCUGUACCUCCAGAGCAGCAGCGAUUCUGUGUCUGCUGUGGACCUCAGCUUCACAGAGCUCCUGGAUGACGGAUUCCGCCUCCUGCUGCCUUUCCUUGGAGGUAUGCCCAAACUCACCAUCCUGGCUGUAAAUGGCAACCGCUUGACCACAUCCAUCCUCAAAGACCUGUCUGAUGCUGUGAAGGACCCCCGGAAGUUCCCCUGCCUGGCCUGGAUCGAUCUGGGGAACAAUGUCGACAUAUACACUGUUCCACAGCCUCUACUUGUAGCUUUAAGACGAAGAUUUGGUUUACGCAGCAGCCUCCCCACAAUCUACGAGUACAGUGAGACACACUCUUUCAGCGGUUUUAGCCCAAACAUAGAGACGUCAGUGGAGGAGCCCAGUCUCUAUGAGGAGGCAGAGGAGGAGGAGCGUGAGGAGGAUGAGGACCGGCUGGAGCUUCAGGCUUGGGGGCUUCACCACCAGCCGAUGUCCAGGACUGUAGCAGUGCAUUUCAGUGGGAGGUGA